CCACUCGCCUCUCUGUUCCAGUGUGUUUACUACACUGCCGAGCAUAAGGGGAGACACUCGUCUUCACAUGCACUGAACCCGCUAAGAAAACCAAUUUUUAGUUGUAUUUGUAAGGAAAUCUCCAAGAGAUCAACAUGCCCAAGAGAAAGUCACAGGGAACAGAAGGAGGAGAAAAGGAGGAGCCCCAGAGGAGAUCAGCUCGGUUAUCAGCGAAACCGGCUCCACCCAAGCCAGAACCAAAGGUGAAGAAAGCGGCAAAGAAAGAAAAGGCGGUGAACGAUAAGAAGGAGGACAAGAAGACCAAGAAGGCGAAGGAGAACGCCGAGGCGGAGGCCAACGAGGAGAACCACUCUGAGAAUGGAGAGGCCAAGACCAACGAGGUGGAGGCAGCCCCUGAGGAGGCCAAGGAGGAGGCCAAGUCUGAGUAGCACCACUGCCCCCUGUUUCCUCCUCCUCUACAGCCACCUUCCCUCUUCUUCUGUCUGCCCACCCCACCCCACCCCCCAAGUCUCUCACAUGGUUUCCCUCCGAGGCGUAUUGUUAACAGAGGAAUAUUUUUAUCAAUGAUUUUAUAAGUAUCCGUACAGAUUUUUAGCACAAAAAAGCAAAGUUGAUUAUGGAGCGCCUUGCAGAUUUGCAGUGGUCAUAUCAAGUGUCUGCAAGCAAGGAAUGAAAAAAAAAAAUCCACACUAAAAUCUUUUUUAAAUGGCAUUUCAUGAUUGUUGAAGGCUUGUUUGGUGUAGAAAGCGUGUCCCUUUGCCGGAUUGGCUAUGUCGUGAGUUGUGUAUUACUGUGUUUAUUUCCCCGCUCUCCCUCCUUCUCCUGCUCUGUCCCACAAAUUUACCCCCACCCACCCACCCCCCAUUUCCAACAGAUCAGCUUUUGUCCAUCUUUAUUAACAGUUCAGCCAUGUUAAUGUGGGUGAUUCUUUUAGACCUCUAAAUGUGCAGUGAGUUUCCUUUUUCUUUUGUUUUAUGCUCCUGUUUCUCUUUGCUUUCUUUCACUUAAACUGUUUUAAACAAACAAACAAAAAGUGUGUUAAAGCGUGUUGUCCAUAAGAAAGAGGAAGACGAACAAGUGAAACAUUCCGGGAACAGCAAUUGCCUCCGACCCGUCUCCUAGACGACCCUGCGUGUUAAAUAAGAUAAAAACAAAAACGGCUCCUGCUCCAUCUGGGCUGUCGCAUCAGCUUUUCUAAACACUCGGUUUUGGGUUUUUUGUUGUGUUUUUUUGGGGUUUUUUUGGUUCCUUUUGUUUGUUUUUAUUGAAUUUGGAUUCCUUCUCUAACAAAUGCAGGUGUCUGGUCCCUCUCUUGUGUUCUGAAAUUCUCUUAAUAAAAACAAGUCCUGGAAAUUUUCCUCGAA